AUGAACCCGCACAUCUCCGUUCCCCGCCAACAUGCUGGUCCAGCCACCUUUGGCUCCACGCCCCGCCGUGGCUCAAGUGUGCGCAUGCCACGCUUCUUCAAAAGACUAUUCAAAUUUCCCCAGAUGGACUUUGAGAUGGCCAUCUGGGAGAUGACAUCCUUGUUGAUUGCACCCAAAAAGGUCUUCAAGUCCAUUUACUACCAUAAACAAACCAAAAAUACCUGGCAUCGACCAGACCCGUCCUUCACAUAUCUGCUCUCCUUCUUCCUCCUCCUCACAGCCUUGGCAUGGGGCCUGGCCUACACUCCCUCCUUUGGUGCUAUUGUGAAGCUCUCCAUUCUCUUUAUCUUCUUCCACUUCAUUGGGUCCUCCCUUCUAGUUUCGACAAUUGGCUAUUUUGUCAUCGGUCGACUGUUCGGUCCCAAUGGGGCGGCCGCAUCUCUCGCCAGUCUCCGCGGCUCUCGCGGCCGCCGCCGAGGCGCAGCACAGGGUCUCUUCGCACAGCCCGGGGAGAAAGAGCAAUUGGAGUUUGGAUACUGCUUUGAUGUUUCGAAUCGUGCUUUCUUUCCUUUGUACCUCCACCUCUAUGUGGUGCAAUUCCUACUCCUCCCACUUCUUACUCGCAGUCCGAGCAAUUUCCUAGCCACCUUCCUGGGGAAUACCCUCUACCUCUCCGCCCUCAUCUACUAUACUUAUAUCACCUUCCUGGGCUACAAUGCACUACCAUUCCUGCACAACACAGAGCUGUUGCUCGUUCCCAUUCUGAUCUUUGCCAUUUUGUGGCUAGUCAGUCUGAUUGCGGGCUGGGGUGUUGUUAUGCAAGGCCGGAGUGUUGUGGGAUUGUUCUGGGGAGUGUAA